AUGCCGAGCAGCCCCGCGACCCCGGGCGCGAGCGACCGCCCGCUGGUGCGCCCCCUUCGCGUUCGCGACGUCCGAGGGGAACUCGCUCGGAAGCGCGAUGCGCUAACAUCGUCCCCGUCGUCCAACCCCUCUCUCUCCCUCCCGCAGGCGUGGCUGGAGUCGAGCGUGAAGAAGCUCGACCUCUCCGGCGCCCCGAUCACGAUCGAUGACCUCGCGUCGCGAUCCGCCUCCGCGAAGGGACCCGCGGUCGUGACGUCCCCGAGAUCCGUGCGCGCGUGCCUCGAGGCGGGGGUCGACCCCGCGUCGCUCGCGCCUCGACCGGUGAGCGCGUUCGCGGACCCGUCGCUGAACGCGGAGCAGCAGCGGUUCAAGUGGGAGCACUACGAGCUCGCUCGCAGGGAGCGCGUCGCGUCGCUGAACGCCGCGCGCGCGCUGUUGCCGUUCGCGGAGGAGAUCGACGACGUCCCGGGCGUGCGCAUCCUGUCGCCAAAUCGAUCGGCGGCGGCGGCGGCGAGAGCGUCGACGUCGACGCGCGCGCGAACGCCUUAUAGAAACCAAAACCGACCGCGGUCGGCGUCGGUCUCGGCGGCGGGGAAGCGUCCGUCCACGGUCGUGCACCGGUCCCCGGGCGCGGGGAAGACGCUCCCGGUGAACGCGAGUUUCGAUCACGCCGGAUACUCGCACGUCGCGUUUGAUCUGCUCGCGGGCGACGCCGCCGCGCUCAGAGAGGAGCGCGCGCGCAUGGAAGCCGCGGCCAGGCGCGAGGAGAAGCGCGUCGCCGCGAUCGCCGCGCAGAAGGCGAUUGCCGAAGCGUUGCAAGCGGAGCAGGAUAUGCGCUUGCGAGAGCACGAGGCGCUGAUGGAGGAGCACGAGAUGAAUAAACGCGAACGCCUGAAGGACCGGCAACGACGCGAGUUCGAACGCGUCAAGGCGAGGAAAGAAGAGAAAGAGCUGCUCUUGAAGCUUCAGAAGCUCGAGGCGGACGCGGAGUUUAAGCGCGUGAGGGAGGAGAAGAAGCAGCGCGAAGAGAACGAGCGCGCGAGAAAGCGAGAGGCGACGCGGAUCGAACGCGAACGCGUCAAGAACGAGCUCGACUUUAAAAUGCAAACCGAGAGGAUCAAGUCGCGACAGCUCGACGCCGUGGAGAGGAAGAAGCGCGAGCUGGAGCGAGCGGCGAGGGAGAAAGAAGCCGCGAUCGAGCGCGCGCGAGCAGAACGCGCCGCGGAGAAGGAGCGCAGGAGCUCAGCGCACGCGGAGAAGUGCGAACUCGCCAAGUCUCGCGCCGAAGUCGUCGUCGAGGCGAGACGCGAGGAAAUUUUAAGCAAAGCAGAGGAAGUCGAGCGGCGGCAGGCGCACCGAGCGGAGCAUCUCGAGUACGAGCGCGCGCGCAAGGCUGCGGAGAACGCGGCGAAGGCGGCGUUCAAGCACGAAGUCUACGAAGAAGUCCAAGCCGCGAUGCAAGCGCAAAGGUACGCGUUGUUAGAGGAGAAAGAACGCGAACUCGAACGCAAACGCGAAGAAGCGGAGCGGAAGAAGAAAGAGCGCGAGAUGGCCGCGCUGGCGCAUCAGCUCGAGGAAGAGGAGAGAAAAGAGAAGGUCGAGCGCAUGCGACGGAAGCGCGAGUACGAGUCCGCGCAGCGGUUGGAGAAGAUCGAACGCGAGACCGCGAGGGCGAGGGCGAUUCAAGACGCGAAGGAGCAGCUGCGUUUGAACCGACGCCAUCAGAACGAGAAGAUCGCGUUACAGCGCGAGAGCCUCGUGAACGAGCUCGACGUGCGGACGCUCCGGAACCGAGCGCGGAUGAGCUCGUCCGGGACGCUGCCGCGCUCGGCGUCGCGGCCCGGAAGCGCGGGGACGACGCGGUCGUCGCCGGCGCCGCCGCGGUCGGCGUUGGUGAAGCGCCCGGCGAGCGCGCAGAGCGCUCGCGUUCGCGCGUCGACCGGAUCCACGCGAGUCGUCGCGACGCAGCAGCAGCCGAGGCCGGGCGUCGCGGGGCUGACGACGCGACCGAAGCAGCUCAGCGCGAGCGCGGACUCGGGCGCGGUGGCGAAAUCUCCGGCGAGGACGGAGAAGGAGAACGCGGACGCGCGACGACGCGAGGCGUACCUGAAGCGUCUGAAGAACGACAUCGCGAAGCUGGAGCAGGCGGCGAAGACGCCGGCGACGUCCAGGCCCGCGUCCGCGAGGCCGGUCGCGCGCGCGGUCGUCGCGAAGCCGGCGCCGGCGUCGACGCGAAGGUCCUCUACGGCGAGCGCGAUUCGGAAGCCGAUCGCGAAGAGACCCGUCGUCGCGGCGAAGAGACCCGCGCCGCCGCCGCCGCCGCCGCCGUCGAUGAAAACGACUCCGCGAGCGUCCACGAGCGUCACCCCGCGAUCGUCUGUCUCAUUCGCGCAGAAGUCGAAGAGCUCCGCGGCGCAGAAAAAGCCCGAAACCGCCGUGACGACGACGGCGGCGCCGGUCGCGCCGCCGAAAUCUUCCCCGAUGCAGUCCCCCGUGAAAAAGCUCACCGUGAAGUCGGCGACGCUCGCGCCGGUGAGAACGACGGUUGCGGCGUUGCCAAGGUUCAAAACAGAAAAGUCGGUCACGACCUUCGCGAAACCGAAAAGAACGUUAGACUACGACAGAACGAUAGACAAGAGUGAACUCGAAGCCAACGCAAAGGUGCACGACGAGGACGGCGGCGUGAAAGGGAUGCAGCCCAUCGCUCCGCCGGUAAGAGCGACCUUCCGACGCGGUGAGUCGUUACAGGUGGGGGAUUACGUCAGCGAGAAAUCGCCUACGGAAAAGCGACGCGCGGCGUUUUUGCAGUCGAUGAUGUCGAACAAGCUCAAAGACAAGCUCAAAGACGCGGGUCGGGUAAAAUCCAUCGCGAGGAAGGAAAAUAGGCCGCUGCCGCCGUCGUCGCCGCUCGUCGGGGACGCGGAGCCGACGUCGCCGCGCGAGGAUGGCAAAAAGACCGCCUUCUUGAGGUCGGUGACCGCCGCGCGCGAGGAUAAGAAGGCUGCGAAGACGUUGGCGCGGCCGCCGCCUGCGCUGCCGGCCUCGCCGCCGCCGCAGAACAUGCUAGGGCGAUCGCUGACGCUCACGGAAGAUGAUGCGGAUCCCCCGAUGGUGGACGUCCCGGUGAACCAAAACGCAGCGCUGAAGAAGAGGAAUUCAUUCUUGAACUCGAUAAGCAAAAGAGGCGCGACGCCGCUGCCGCCGGCGCUUCCCGCGCCCGAAGCUCCCGCGACGCGACCGAACGACGCGGAGCCAACGUCGCCGCGCGAGGCUGGCAAAAAAAACGCCUUCUUGAGGUCGAUGGCCGCCACGCGCGAGGAUAAAAAGGCAGCGCGCGCGAGCAGUGGAGGACUCGUCGCGUCCCCGCCGAGAGCGUCGAACCCGAGCUCGCCGAGGGACGAAUCCCCGAAAGCGACGAGGAUAGAAGCGAGGAAAUCGAAGCGGAACGAAGUCUUCGCGCAUUUCUUGGCGAAGACGCCGUCGCGCACACGCCGACCUCCGUGA